UGGCAGAGUCACGUGAGCGAGAUUCCGGGAGGAGUGCACAUGCGUAUUCCAGCUCUGGGCUGUGACUCCUCCAUGCUAGGGAAGCUUGCAUAGUCCGUGGAAGAAGGAGGGCAGAAAUGCCCACCGGCCUGUCAUUCGUGGGGUGAGAAUCGCAGUGCGCACGCGCAACCCAGUUGGCUUUUCCCCCUCCCCCUCUUCACUAUAAAUUCCGGGGCCUCAGCUUUACUGGAAGGAGAAGUUGGUGUAGGAUCUCCCCCCAAGGAAGGGAAUCCAACCCAGGAGAUUAUCCCUGCUCUGCAACCUUUCAUCCAGCUCCAGGGCAGUAGUGAAGCCAUUUCCUUCUCCCAGCUGGGCAGAAAGGACUUGAGUGAAGUCAGAGCAAUGAGAAAACAAAAAGGAUGGUCAAGCAUGGGAGCCAUGACCCUGACACGUCAGGAGAAGGAUAUAGCUCUUGCCCCAGUUAGCAACAUAGAAGAGAAGGAAGGAGGGACUUCUGGAGUCCUAACUGCCAGGUUUCAGGAAUCUUUGACAUUCAAGGAUGUGGCUGUGGAGUUCACCUGGGAAGAGUGGAGACACCUGGAUCCUGCCCAGAGGGCCCUGCACAGGAAUGUGAUGUUGGAGAACUAUGAGAACCUGGUCUCCAUAGGGAUUCCCGUUUCCAAACUAGAUUUGCUCUUCCUGUUUAAGAGAGGAGAUGUACAGAAUGAAGAGGGAGAAGCUGGGACAGGCGCUUGUAUAGAAGGAAAGAUCAGACUUGAAAUGAAAGAGAUUUCUGCAGAGCUAAGCCUGUCUGGGGAAGAAACUCAGAGGCAAAGAUGCAUUGGUGAUGGUGCCUGUGAUUCCACUUGGAGAGAAAACUUGGAUGUACAUCAGAAAAUCCACACUGGAGGGAAGCCUUACGAAUGUAAUCAAUGUGGUAAAACAUUUGAAAAGAGAGCUUAUCUUACUGUACAUCAGAGAAUCCACACUGGAGAGAAACCUUUUGAAUGUAAUCUCUGUGGAAAGGCUUUUAUACGGAGGAGCAGUUUUACUGAACAUCAGAGAAUCCACACUGGAGAGAAACCUUAUGAAUGUAAUCAAUGUGGAAAGGCAUUCAGAUCUAGAAAUAGUUUGGUUACACAUCAGAAUGUCCACACUGGAGAGAAACCUUAUGAAUGUAAUCAGUGUGGAAAGGCUUUUACAUACGAGUCUCGUCUUAAUGUACAUCAGAGAAUCCACACUGGAGAGAAACCUUUUAAAUGUAAUCAGUGUGGAAAGGCUUUUACACACAAGUCUGGUCUUACUGUACAUCAGAGAAUCCACAGUGGAGAGAAACCUUUUGAAUGUAAUCAAUGUGGAAAGGCUUUCAGAGGUAGGAACGGUCUCAAACUACAUCAGAGAAUCCAUACUGGAGAGAAACCAUAUAAAUGUAAUCAAUGUGGAAAGGCUUUUGCAUACAAGUUUGGUCUUAAUUUACAUCAGAGAAUCCACACUGGAGAGAAACCUUAUGAAUAUAAUCAGUGUGGAAAGGCAUUCAGAUCUAGAAAUAGUUUGGUUAAACAUCAGAGAAUCCACACUGGAGAGAAACCUUUUGAAUGUAAUCUGUGUGGAAAGGUUUUUACAUACGAGUCUCGUCUUAAUGUACAUCAGAGAAUCCACACUGGAGAGAAACCUUAUGAAUGUAAUCUGUGUGGAAAGGCUUUUUCACAGAAGUCUAGUCUUACUGUACAUCAGAGCAUCCACACUGGAGAGAAACCUUAUGAAUGUAAUCAGUGUGGAAAGGCUUUUACAUACGAGUCUCGUCUUAAUGUACAUCAGAGAAUCCACACUGGAGAGAAAUCUUAUGACUGUUACCGGCUUAGUAAAGUCCUCAGUCAAAAGUCAACCCUUAUUUUCUCUCAACCACUGCCAAGUCAGUAAACAGCAGUCCUUGGGGGCAGCUGUGUGGACCCCAGCCAUACCUUUGGGAACUUUUGCUCUACUGAUGACCCUGGGGUCAAGAUGCUGAUUAAAGGAAGAUUGCAGGGACCCUGGACUGGCCCUGGACGUGGGGCUUCAGCACAUUGAUCAGACAUGGUACAAGGCUGUGCCUAAUGAUGGAGGAGCACACAAGUAAGAGAAAUGGUUUUGUCUUAUUUGGAAAUAAUCCAAUGCUAACGUUUACAUAAUUCAAGCUGAAUCCCUUUCUUUUUCCCGAUGGAAUCAUGAGUAUGAUUACCACUUCAGUUUAGGAAGAUGAGAAUUAGAGACUGCUUGGUGUCUCUUGACAUGAGACUUCAGGGGCCUAGAAGGGAGCCUCCGUGAUCUUCAGUGUUAGGUCUAGUCAUUUAAAGGUGAUUAGGUACAAGAAAAAGAGAGUCACAUACUGAAGCCAGAGCGUGCAUUGACUACUAGGAAAGACAUCCGAAUGCAGAAUCGAGAUUGAGAUUGGGGCCUAGUAUCAGCCCUGGCCUAGUCUCUUAGUAAACAUUAAAGAAGCAUCUACUAUGUUCUAGCCUCUGAGGACACAAAGGGAAACAAAACACAGUCCCUGUUGUCAGAGCUCAGAAUCUAGUAUACAAACAUAGUGAUAGUUCAGGAAGAAGUAAAAGAUCAUGAACCUGACUGUUAAAUGAUCCAGGGAAAAGAAGGUGUUUUAUGAAUGGAAAUCCAUUUAGUUAAACAGGGAAAUAAGUGAAUAGAAGUAUGAGAACAAUUCAGUUUACGAAGGGCAGAAUUGGGGAACAAAGAGUAAAAUAAGGAAAAAAUAAUAUCUAGCAGUUAAAUAGCACCUACUGUGUGCAGUGCAUUUUAUCAAUAUUAGCUCAUUUGGUUCUCCUAAGAACCAUAAGGGUUUAGUGUAAUAAUUAUUCUCAUUUUACAAGUGAAGCAACCUGCAUAAGCAGAGGUCUUAUGACUUGCCCAGGAUCACAGUACUAGCAAAUGUCUGGGAUUGGUAUGCUUCUAUCCAGUGUACCAGAAAACUACAAAUGCUCAUAUAUGAGUGAGGUUGAAAAUGAGAGAAGUUUAGAAACUUUCUUGCUGAGGGAUGAAUAUGCCUUUUUUUUGUUUGUUUUUUAGCUCCUCAGCCAAUCAGCAAAAUGAAUGGCAAUUUACCAUUUAAAAUUCUUAUUACUUUAUCCAUUGUGCCACUUAGCUGCUUAAUUGGAAUUGGUUGAUAAGAGCAGUAACCAUUGUUACAGUAGCCAUGAAUGUAGCUGAAGCAAACACUAUGGAAGCAUUUAGAGUUUGAUCAAACAUCAACGACUCCAAGAUAAUUCACCAUAUCUACAGACGUUGCCAAUCAUCUUGUCUUUUGCAACAUGAGAAAUAUGGAAACCAGUUUUAGAUGACUGCACAUGUAUAACCUACAUCAGAUUGCUUGCCUUCUCAAGGAGCAGUGUGAGAAAGUAGGGAGGGAGAGAAUUUGAAACUCAGAAUAAGAAAAAAAAUGCUGGGUCACCAGAGCCAAGAUGGCAGACAGAAAUCAGGGAUUUACCUAUGGUUUCCCAAAUUCUCCUCGCUAUGACUUUAAAAUAAUGUCUCUGAACAUUCUGGAACAGAAGAACUCCAAAAAGGAUGCGGUAAAGAAUUUUUCUGCCUAGAGACUUUAGAAGGCCAUCAGGAAAGGUCACUCCCACCAUGGUGAAAGUGGAGCAAAGUCUAGCACAGGCUAUACCCUAACAGAAUAAUAGCAAGGCCAUGCCUUACUCUGUCAGCAGCAAAGCCAUGUUCCCUGACCCAUCAGCAGCAGAUGCCAACUGAAUUGGCAGAAGCAACUUCUGAAGCUCUUAGUCCAUAGACAGUAAGGGGCAGGGGGUGGUCAGACAAUUUAACAGGAGAUCAAAGGUCCUUUUUCUAGCAUUGUGUGCAGGAGUCUGUUUCAUAGCUCAUAUGUGGGUUCUAGUUCCAGGCCUGGUGGCAGUCCCAAUGUAAGAAAUACCAUUAGCUACAAGCACUAGAAAUAGUAGAAUUUGCACCCAUGAGGGAUUUGGGAUGCUGAUCACAGUUCCAAAAUGUGAAAUAAAAGGCUGGUUAUUCACUGUCCAGAGUAUAAGCCAAGAGAGUAGUGAACACACCUCUUUGUACAUCACAUCACCUUGGAAGAAGUGAAAACGUAUAGAACCACUACACCCCAUUCCAGAGCCACCUCUGAAAACACUUACAUUUCAAAACUAAACACCAGGUUUCAAGCAAUGCCUCCUCUACCCCAGGAGCAGACUUCAAAUUUAGCAUAAAAGUCAAGAAAUAGGCUAUAGAAAUGAGCAAACAACUUUGAAAAAGCACUUCACCAUUAAAAGUUGCUGUGGUGACAAGAAGAUCAAAACAAAUUGAAAAUGACAAAGUCUCAAAGAAAAAAGUGAAUUAAUUUCUGGAACAAAAAAAAUCCUAUAAGAGCUCAUAAAAGGAUUUUAAAAAUGAAAUAAGAGAAAUAGAGGGACUUUGAGAAAAUAAUUGAGUGAUGAAUGAAAUAAAUUUUUUAAAAGGGUCCUUAGUUGGGUAAAAGAAGCACCAAAAAUAUUGAAUAAAAAAAUGUUAAAAAGAAGGGCACAAAAAUAUAUUGAAUAAAUGAACUUCUUUAAAAUCAAAAUUAGCCAAAUUGUAAAAAGAUAUACAAAAAUGUACUGAAGGGAACUUCUUAAAAAGUAGAGCUAGUCAAAUGGAAAGUAGAGCUACAAAAGUUAAAAGAAGAAAAUAAUUUCUUUGAAAUUAGAAUUGGGCAAGUGGAAGCUAAUUCCUCCAUGAGAUUUCAUGAAAAAAAAAUUUAAAUCAAAAGAAUACAUAAAUUGAAAAAAACUAAAUAUCUCAUUGGAAAAAUAACUGACCUUGAAUUGAUGCAGGAGAGAUAACUGAAUGACUGUACAAACUGAAAAGCAUGAUUUAAAAAAAAAAAAGCUAAAUUCUAGGGCUUCCAGAUUAAGCAGGAAAUAUAGCAAACAAUCCUCUGAAUUGAAACAAAAUUCAAAUAUUGUGUAGCCACAGUCAUUAUACCACAACAUUUAGCAGCUUUGAUAUUAAAUGACUGGUUAAUUUCGAAUAUGAUAUUCCAGAGUGUAAAGGAACUAGGAUCACAACCAAGCAUCAUCCACCCAGUAAUACUGAGUACAAACAUUCAUGAAGAAAAAAGGAAUGUUUAGUGAAAUAGAGUUCUUCUUAAGUAUUUUUUUGUGAAAGGGACAGAGCUGAAAAUAAAAUCUGAUUUUCAAAUAUAAGUCUCAAGAGAUGCAUAAAAGGAAAGGAAAUCCUAGAGCAAUCAGUAAAUUUAAGCUGCUUACGUUCCUUCGUGAAAAGAUGACAUUUGUAAUUCCUAGGAACCUUAUCAUUAUUAGGGCAGUUUGUAGGGCAUGGGUAUGAGUUUACUAUAAUGAGAUGAAUGCAUUAAAAUAUUAAGGGGUGAGAUGGAUGUAUUGGAAGGAGGGAAGGGAAAAGUCAAAUGGGUUAGUUUUCUCACAAAAAAGAGUCAAAAGAGCUUUUGAAGUGGGGGAUUAGGUGGAGUUGUGGAGAAGAAUUUAUAUUUUAUUGAAAAUUGGCUCAAAGGGCAAAUAAAAUAUACACAACUGAGUAUAGAAAUACCCUUUGCCUUGUAAGAGAAUAGGGAAAGGGGAUGAGAAAAGAGAAUUGGUUAAGUGGAAGAGGCAGUAGUCAGAAGCAAAACACUUUAGAAUGAAUAGAAUGAAAGGAGAAAAGCAAGUAAGAUAAACAGGGGGAAAAAGGAUAGGAAAAAUAUCCAGUUAAUCCUAAGGUAAAAAAGUUUACAGCAAGUUUCUCUAAACAUGAAGAAUAUAUGUGUAUAUUUAGGAAAAUGAAAGUUAAAAUACCUUAGGUACUUACCUUACACCUAUCUGAUUGGCUAAUUUGAGAGAAAAAAAAUAACAUGGGGGAAAUUUGAUAUGCUUAUGUAUUAUUGGUGGAACUAUGAACUGAUUCAAACAUUCAUGGGAACAAUUUAGAAGCUUGCUCAAAAGUUUCUAAAACUAUGCAAUAUCAUGACCAGGUCUGUAGCCCAAAGUUAUCUUUUUUGGGGGAAAAAAGGUCUAUUUGUACAAAACUUUCUAGCAGUUCAUUUUGUGAUGGCAAAGAAUUGGAAAUUGAGGGGAUGCCCAUCAAUUGAGAAAUAAAUGAAGUUUUGCUAUAAUGAUUAUGACAGAAUACUAUUCUGCUAUAAGAAAUGAUGAAGAUAAUUUCAGAAAAAAACUUAAAAAGCCUUUAAUGAACUGAUUCAAAGUAAAGUGAGCAGAAUAUGGAGAACAUUGAACACAGUAGUUGCAAUAUUAUUCAGUGAUCAAGUGUGAAUGAAUUAACUAUUCUUAGCAAUACAAUGAUCCAAGACAAUUCUGAAGGUUGCUACUCCCAAAUGCUACUCCCAAAGAAAACUGAUGGAGUCUGAAUGAAGAUCAAAGUCUUCCUUGAUUAGAUUUGCUUUUGUCAGGUCUUGGAAUGCAGGGGGGGAAAGAAUGCCUCGGAAAUUCUCUUCAACUGGAGACUCAUCAUGUUACUUCAAGAAGCAUUUCUCAACCAGUUCUCUUUUAUAAAGCACCUACUAAGGGCCAGACAGUAGACUAUGUGCUAAGGAUUAAAAGGAAAAAAAAGGAUGAAAUGAUAACUCCCUGGAGGACCUUGCAUUUUAUUGGUUUAUGUCAACAAGCAUUUAUUAAACAUUUUGACACCAAGAAAUACUAGGCUCUGGAGAUACCAGGCUUUGAUUAAAAGGAAAAACCAGAAACAAGUUGCAAAAACUAUAUUCCCUCAAAUCCCAGCAUGCCCACAUGUGCAUUUCCAUUUCUACUAUUGAGGUCUUAGGUCUCAGAAAGGCUUAUUAAGUCCUGCAGGGGCCUGUCGAAGAACCUCGAAGAGCUUUUACUUCUAUAAACUUGAAACAUAGGAAUUAGGAAGCUCAUAGGCUGCUAAAAGGUCUAGCUCAGAAAUUUCCUCAUUUCAAUCUCUGGAGCUCCUGAAAAGCUUCUGGGGUCAACAUGAGUUGUAGGUGCUCAAUAAGCAACAAAUCUGGACCCAGAGCCAUAAACAAGUCCAGGCUAGAAGCUACACAGGACAAGAGAGUUUCCAACAAAGCAAUCUGGUUUUACCACAGGUUCUAAAUAUACUUCAAGGAGAAGAUGUCCACAAAGGCAUGCGAAACCUCAACAGCAUCAUCGUAGAGUCAGGCUGGCUCCAGAGCUCCCUCCUGAAUUUCACAGGUUGGGUUUUCCAUAUGAUAUCUCAGAAAUGAGGCAAGUCUAAGCAGGGGCUUUCUAAAGGUAUCAGAAAUAGAUCCAAGCUUCCAUCUUCCCACAGUGAUAACAUUAACAAGGUUCUUCUCCAGCCAGAGUUGUUUUCUGGUAAAAAGCAAAGGGAAUGUUGGCUCUGCCUUUUCCCCAUCACGUAUCCUUAUUGGGAAGACUACUACAAAUGAUCUCAUGUAAUUGUGUGCUCUAGGCCUUUCCAUCUACUUUCCCUUUGAUAUUUGAUUGAUUUUUUUUCUUCAUGCCUAAAAGGAGAUAAACAACUUUCUCCUUCCAGAUUGAAUCCUUUUGGUGACAAACAAACCAAACCAGAGACAGUGAAUUCAGUCUCAUGGGCACAUCUCUCAGUGGAGAUAACCUACCCUGGGAAUCAAGUGUUCUGAUCCUCUGGGGAAGAGGGAGGUCUGAGACAGCCACUGUUUGAUAAAAUUGCUCAGAGAUCUUCUUGUGUCAGUCUUCCUAUUGACACUACUGGAAUCACUGAGUAUGAAUAAUAUAGAGUGUAUAUGGUUCUAGUGGUUCCAUCCAUUUCUUGCUAGAUGGGUACAAUGAGCAGUAAUUGGACUCCCACCCUAUUUGAGUAGCCCUCUACCCCUCCUAAAUCCAUGAUUUUACCCCUAGUCAGUAUAAUCCAGUUUAAAGACAUUCCAUAAGGUGGCUGAUUAUUUCUUGUGUAUUAAAAUAUAUUAUUGUACAUUGAGUCAGUUAAGGAUAAUCAACUAAUCCCAAUAUGUAACACAAUUCAGAAUAAGUGGGCAAGGAAGACUCCCAGACCUCCAGCCUGGAUGGUCUGAGUACUGUAGGAUAGAAAUGUUCUAAUGGGUUGGAAGGUCCCUGCAAAAUGUAAAAUGUCUCCUAGUUAGGAGUCUGUUGCCCAACAUUUGGGUGGGAUUCUGCCUGCUCUGUACUUACAUUUGUAAGCCCAUUACUCAACAAUAGAGGUGGAAAUCUACUAGCCCUUUACUUUGUGAACCCUAAAGUGACUGUGGGACCCCCAAGGAGAUUCUGUACUUUGUACUGUCCCAUCUGAACUGUCUGAUGAGACUUCAGGAUUAUAAAACUUGACUCUGAGCAUGAGACAGUCUCAGAUAGUGGCCAGGUCCCUUUAAUAAAUAGUAAUUGGCUCAGAGAUCUGCCUCAGUGACCUUAUGUAUAGUUUAGAUCAUUUCUGGCAUUACAUUAUGGUUACCCCUGAUAGGAUGAUGAGCUGUCGACCUUCCCUAGAUGCUCCAUCCCACUCCUCAUGGUACUCCUCCCCGUUUAAAAAAUGGGAAGCUAGUACCUGGAUGAAUUUUCGCCAUUGGCUCACCCACCAAGAAAGACUUGGGUUGGUGGGUCUCUACUGUUGCUACCCAAAUUCUCCAAGCUUAAGAUAUCUUCCCAUGGCUAUAGAUUGGUGACUUUACCUGAUAUUACUCCCCACAACACCCCACAAAUUUAAAGGGGUAAAAGAAGGUCCCAAUUGUAUUGAAAGUGACUAAUUGGGUUCAUGACUAAAUUAUGUGAAUUAAUUAAAUUAUGUAAAUUUCUUGAAUUAUUUGGGCACAUUUUCAGCUUUUAAAGCCUAGGUUGAAUUUUUUUUUCUCAUCAGAGCUAGGGACGUAUAACAGAAUCACUGCUACUGCCACUUUUUCAGCCUCCAGCCAGGAAAACCAUUAAACAAAAAAAAAUUGCAAGUUUCAAAUAGAUUUUGUACUUGCUGGUGGUCAGGGAUGGAAGUUGGUUCUUUUUAAAGGAUAUAUAUUUUAUUUCUUAUAAUAUGAAUAAAGUAAUUUUCAGUGAUAUUAGGGCUUCUACUUAAGACACUGAAGCCCUAAUGGGCUCAUCUGAGGCCUCCAGUGGCCUAUUUCAGAAAUGUGAAAUUCGGGAACUUUCUAAAAUAGAUCCCUGAAUCUUAAGAGUAUUUAUUAUAAGCCAGGACCCCAUAAUGAUGCACUCAGUGCCUCCAGGGUUAGUCCACAAUCCUUCUAGUUAGAGAGAGGGAAGAGGAUAGGGGUACAAUCUUCAGAAGAGGAACCUCUAAGACAUUUAGUCCUCAGAAGCAGAGCCUUUGGGUAUCCAGCUGUGUCUGAAAAAGAUCUAAAGUUGCCCUCUCCUGAGUAGGGGUGCCCACAGGAUGGAGGGUGCUAGUAUCACAUGUUAAAGGAUUCAGAGAAAUUCUUUUGGCUACAAUUUGAACUUUGUUACUAUUCUACCCUUGGAAAGUGAUUGGCUUUAAUUGACUUCCAACCUUCUUGCCCUGUUAUCCCCAGGCCUGCCAGAUGAGCAAGGCAAAAGAAUGAGAACAGCCUACAGCUCCCUAAAAGGCCUGCAUGAGUACAACUUGGCCUUACCUGAGCUGUCUGUUCUUUGGGUUAAUCCAAGUUAGCAGGUGCUUCCAAGCUUUUGUUUUCAGUGUGUGCUUUUUCGCUUUGGUCUGAUCACCUGGAGAGAAAUGAUUAUAAUAAAGCAAAACUUUAAAAAAUUCUUCAGAGAAGAUAAUAUCCCUUUUCUCUUCAAAGAACCCAGUGUUGGUCACAUUGAAAGGUAGACACAAAAUCAAUUAAAGCGUACAUUUGUGAUAAAAUGCUUAAUUUCUUUACUGAAAUUUUCUAAAUUGGAGCAGAAAUGCCUCAGUGGAUUAAGAGCCAGGCCUGGAGAUGGAAGAUCCUGGGUUCAAAUGAGGCUUCAGAUUUCCUAGUUGCAUGACCUAGGCAAGUCAAUUAACCCCAGUUGCCUAGCCCUUACUGCUCUUCUGCCUUAGUAUUCUAAGACAGAAGGUAAGGGUUUUAUUUUUUUUUUUUAAGAAAGAAAAUUUCUCAAUUAUAAUUUGCACGAUUUCAUGAAAUACUGUUUAGAAAGCCCUUACUUUCUGCCUUAGAAGCAGGACUGUGUAUUUGGACCCAUGGCCUCCUGUCUCCAGGUCUGAUUUCUAUUCACUGAGCCACCCAAGUACCCCUUUCAUGAAGUAUUUUUGAUGAGUGUCAACAGAACCCAGUUGGGAUGUUUCAACCAAAACUUAUAGCUUGAAAUUGCUUUUGACAGUGGAAGUUGAAUUUUUAGAGCUGAUUUAAUGUAGUUUUCACAGAAAUGUUAAAAUAAGGAACUUGGAGAGACAGUACAGGAAAAAUUGGAAGAAAAAUUAUGUGAGCCUGAAUAAUUCCACCAUUUGAGACUGACAUUUGGCAUUGAGGGAGUGGUUCCGGGAGUCAGAGGUCUAAUAAUGUGUUACUGUCAUAUUAAAAACUAGACCCUUCACUACUGAUGGUCCCAGCAACAAGGGAUACGUUCCCCCUCCUUUUGGUCGUAUAAAUUGUUGUUGGGAUGAUGGCAUUUCUGUUGUGUAGGAGCGACAAAUUAGCUGCAGUAAAAAGAUGUGAAAAUUAGAAUCUAUUUACCUUUUUGUUGCUCCUAACGCAAAGUAAGCUCUGUUGGUAACCUUGGAAUAGGACUCCUGAAUUGAAAGUAAACUCAAGGGCAGCUGGGUUGCUCAGUGGAUGGAGAGCUAAGCCUAGUGAUGCAAGAUCCUGGAAUCAAAUUUGGCCUCAGAUACUUUCUAGCUGGGUAAGUCACUUGACCCUCAUUGCCUAGCCCUUCCCACUCUUCAGCCUUGGAACCAAUAUUGUAUUGAUUCCAAGAAGGAAGGGGAGGGUUUUUAAAAAAGAAAGUGAAUUUAGAGGGAAAAUGCUGCGAUAUGAUCUUUUUGCGUGGGUUGGUAGGUAGGAAGGACAUAAAGACAGAAAAUAGAGCAUUCAACAUGUUCAGCCUGUCAGUUCCACUUCAGAUGGUCAGAGAGAGAGUGGGACAAAAAUAGAAGGGAUUUUUAUGGAGGUUUCAAGGUAUGGGGGAUGUGGGAUUGUUAGUCCAGCAGGUGGUGGGAUAGAAAUAUCAGCAUUAUAUUGGCAAUCCACAACAAGACAAAGGAUUAGAUAUCAACACUGAGUGCCAUAGCCAGUGACCAGACCAGAAGCUCAUUUGAAAGUCCUGCCUCUGGAGCUGACCCCAUCUCAUUCAGAUGCUGAGUUGGUGUGUCUGUGGCAUUACAAAGAAGCUAUUGCAAUUGCAUGGCAGCCUUCCAGGCUGCAAACCAUGGUAGAGGUUGCAGUUCCACCAAGUCUGAGCCCAGUCCAGUUUAAGCAUUCAGACAUCAAUCCUGUGAAAUAUCAGAAACAUAUCCCUAAGUCUGCUGCAUGAGCACUUUGUUCAUUUGAGUCAGCAUCUUUAAUACAUUCAUGAUUCAUUUAGACCUGGAACCCUUCAAGAACCAUGAAGCAAAUAAAAGUAAUUAAAACUGAAUAUUUCUUGGUAAAGAGGAGACAGAUCAAGAGAUUAUCUUUAAAAAUUAUUGCGACAUACCCACUAAAGAAGUCACUUCCCUAUUGAGCCAUUGAGAUGAAUAUAACAACCUUCAAGCCUUUUGCCUAAAAUUUAUAUGAUUUAGUAUGAUAUUUUAGGACAUACACACACACGUGUGCACACACACUCCCCAACCACUGCUCUGAUCUGAAUUUGUUCAUUGAGCUUACAUAGUUCAUUUAAAUGGGACAACAUUCAAUGUUAUUUGGCAAAAUUAUGUUUAGCAUCUUAUGAGCUGGACUUCUGAAAAAAUGUAUUAAAUCCUCAGAAGGCUUCUAUCUUUUUCUAAAUGAAAACUAGUUUUAUUAAGUUUUUGAUUUGGAGCACAUAGUAAACUACCACUUAUAAAAAUGAUGAGAUUGUAAGUGAUUCCUAUUGCCCAAAAGUCUUCAAAGAAAUGAGAAUUAUUUAUACAGUUCAAGCCUCUAAGAACCAAAAUUGGGACAAUAUUGUAGUUAAUUGGUCUCCUGUAAUAAAAACCUGUGCUAAUUCAUUCAGGAAAAAUUCAGUGCAGAAAAGAUCAAGUUUAGAUAAUCUCUUAGACUAGAGGAAUUAAGCCAGUAGGAGAAGUGUUGAUAAGAAAGGUCCAGGCCUAGAGAGGGGCUAUUAAAAAAAAAAAGGGAGAGAGUUUAAGCAAGUAGGAAUGAGAGAAGAAAGAGCUGAAGAUUAAGGGAAAGUUGGGGUUUCCUUUGUUGACUGGGAAAAAAUACAGAACUAUUAAAUAGUCAAAAUCACUCUUUAAUCAAGGGCAAAAGGGGUUCAGUGCCAUAGUAGGCCUCAACACAGAGCUAAGUGCCACACACAACUGCACAGAGUCCAAGGAUUGAACUCUGGCCACUCUGGACACUGACCCCUGGGAGUGCCACCAUGCAAGAUGGACUCCAGGGAGCAAAAGAAUUUGGGGAACCUCUAGACCAUUUGGGGAGUCCAGGGGUGGGGAAUGAUGAUUGACACACUAUAGCUACAAGGAAAUGGUAGUGUUCCAAUUAUACUGACAGGAUACAAUCAGGCUUGGGAAAGGAAUCCUAGCUAGGGGCUGGAGUGUAUGGAAAGGGCAACUUACAGUGGAUACUAAAGAGUGAUUCCUGCCCAGGUGUGGAUUUUCUGGGGAAAAGGUCUUGUUAGGGUCUGGGUUCUCGCCCACCACCAAGGAAGACCAGUAGACAAUGCAAUUAAGCAAAAGGGUCAUUUAUUGCUCUGGUGUGUACCAAGGGAGCUCAGCAAAGGAGUUCCAAUUGUAGCUCGUGGAUGCUGAGAUAUAUAUACCCACCAGCAUGUAUGGCCCCCCAGUCCUCAUCUGGUACAUACUAUUGUUGGAACUUUGACAUAGUGUUGCCAGCAUGUAUAGCCCCCCUACCCUUAUCUGGUACAUACUAUUCUUGAACUUUGACAUGUUAAUGUUGCUGGGGUCUGCUUGGCCCCUAAGUUCUUAUCUGGUACAUACUGUUGCUGUGACCUUGACAUAUUCAUGUUUCUGAACUUCCAAGGCCGGGUAGUUUCUUGCUUAGGCCUCCCUCACUCUGAUACAAUAGGGGAGACUCCCUGAGACAAAAAGGGUCCUUAGGAUGGGCUUAGUCCCAGCCAACUAGGAUUGUUAAUUCCCCUGAAGGUCUCCCACUCAGGCUGAAACUGCCAGCUUGAGAUUCCCUUGAGGGUGGGUUCCCUUGGGAAAAGGGAACCAGGACAAACUUUGGGGUGUCCAACCUAUAAGCGAGUCCUGAACCCUGGGGUUCACCAGACCCCACUAGGGCACAAGUUUGGGGUUCCUAGAUUUCAUGUGUACACUUUAAAAUAACAAUGUGAUUAUGUAAAGGAUUUGAAAGUCAUUUUGGAGUUUGGAUAAAGCAGAUUUGAGAUCCCACUAGACUAAACAGGAGUUGUACUAAGGUUUCCCUUUGCAUAACUGUAAGAUUACAAAAUGAAUUUUAUAAGAUUUCCAGGAGGUAUUGUUUCACCUUAAGUCAGUCAAUUCAUUUGUAUUUGUUUGACUAGUGAUUGUGACAUGAGCACUGUACCUCAGAAACCCAGGCGAACUAUUAUCAGGGAAACUCCCUUGCUUUACCUCCUCCUGUCUCUUAACCUAGAAACACCCAAUGACCCCCCUAGGAUCCUGAGAUGUUUAUCCUCUUUGAUAGUCCUCUAGAUUUAACAUGGACAAAGAGAUGAAUCUUUAUGCCUCCAGGCAGACCCCAGUCAGAUGAUCACCCCACCCCACCAAGUGUUUGAUGGACUAACACACUAUAGGUCACAUCCAUACCAUGACAUAGCAUCUGUUGUUAAAAGUAUAAAUUCCCCAGAAUUGAUGUCAUCUGGGGGACAGCUUCUCCAUGGAUGCUGUCCUCAUGGAGAACAGCCUCUCCAUUCAUGCUGUCAUGCCAGGAACUGCUCCCCAUCUUGCUGUCCCACCUUGCUAUCUUCCUGGCCAUUCUCAGCAUUACUCCCUAAACUAAUAAUUUUCUCUUUUUGUUUUAAAGCUAAGUUUUGGAGUCUUGCAUUCUUGCAAAAGGUAUCCUUCCCAAACCCCAUGGUAUCCUUCCCGAACCCCAAAGAUAUUCUUCCUGCACAAAACAUAUUGGCUCCCAAAGUUUUUGGAAGGAGCCUUUUCUUUGACUCCUGAAACCCCCAUCUUUUGGGUGAUGUCUUUGUGGGAACUCUUUCGUGCUCUCUUUCCCAUCGGCCACAGAUCAGUCUGACCUCUGGAGUUUGGGGUCUAUCUGCCAGCUCCCCCUUCUACACUGGAAGAAGUUCUGGUGUGUGGAAAGUCUUGCCACCCCAGUGUUAAACUGAGUGAUCUUGGUCAGUCAAUCUCUGUGGACACACAGUUGUUGACCCUUCAGUGUGGAAUUGGUCAUUCCGCAUCUAAAUGGGGACAGGAACAGAGAGUAUUUCCUCAGUGUACGCGGGUAUUGUGGGGUGUUAUGGAGUUUGGGUCAGAGCAGUCAGAGAAGUGGCUCUUAUAGGCUCUUUGGUGGCUAGAUCUGCCCUAUGAUUCCCUCGGGCUAUGUUGGAAUCUAGACUGAUGUCCUCUGCAGUGGAUGACAGCGAUUUCACUAGGUAAAGUGACUGCCUCAAAUAAACUCAGGAUUUCAUUCUCGUGUUUCAAGGGAGAGUUUUUGGUAGUUAAUAAACCUCUUUCUUUCCAUAUAGCCCCAUGAGCGCGUAAAACAUGAAAGACAUAUUUUGAGUCCAUGAAAAUAUUUGCCUUUUUCCCUUUAGAGAGCUACAAUGUUCUUGUGAGGGCAAUCAGCUCUGCUUUUUGUGCUGAAGUCCCUGUGGGGAGUCCCUUUGCCUCAAUGGUGACUGUCUGCAAGACUAUGGAGUACCCCGCUUUCCUUACCCCAUUCUCUAUAAAGGAGGACCCAUAUGUAUACCAGCUGACCUCUGCCUCAGGGAGGGGAGAAUCUUUGAGGUCUGGUCGGUUGGAGAAAGUGUCCCCUAUCAAUUCCUCACAGUCAUAGGAGGUGGGGUCUUCCGGAAGAGGGAGGAGGGUAGCUGGAUUCCAUGUCCUGCAUACCUUCAGGGUAAGGUCAGGUGUGUCCAGUAAAAGAGGCUGGUACUUAGUGAGGCCGCCCCUAGAGAGCCAUCUGUGACCUCUAGCCUCCAGAAUGCUGAGGAAACUAUGUGGGAUCAGGAUUUCUAGGGGUUGACGCAGAAUUAGUUUAAGUGCCUCUUCUGCCAUGAGGACCAUGGCAGAGACUGCCCUCAAGCAUGGUGGCCAUCCCCUGCUAACUGAGUCGAGUUGCUUGGAGAAGUAAGCAAUGGGGUGGAGGUCAGGUCCUAGGUACUGAGCUAGAACACCUAGGGCAACCUGCUUUCUCUUAUUGGUAAACAAGAAAAAGGUCUGGAAUCCCUAGGGCAGGGGUGGAAGAAAGCCGGGUUUUUAAGAGUGAAAAGGGUUGUUCCUGGUCUCCCCCCCCCCCCCCCCAAUCCAGUGGUUCCAAAUCAGGCCCCUUAGUGGCCUCAUAGGUUUUGCAAUGAUCCCGAAAUUAGGUAUCCAAAUACGGCAAAACCCUGCCAUACCCAGAAAAGGUCAGAGCUGUCUUUUGGUGGAGGGGACAGGAAUGGACAGUAUGGCUUGUUUCCUGUCUGUGGUCAGAGAGCAGGAAUUUGGGGUUAGGGUUUGACCCAAAUAAGUUACAGACUGGGAGACAAGUUGGGCUUAAGAAGCAGAAACCUUGUAACCCCAUUCUCCUAGAAAAGUUAGAGUAGAAAUGGUGUCUGUGAUACAGGCAGCCUCAGAUGGACUAGAUAUUAAAAUGUCAUCGACAUACUGCAAGAUUGAGCUGCUCGUGCGUCUCAGGGCUCUAAGAUCUUUGUUGAGGGCAACCCCAAAGUAAUGGGGGAUGUCCCUUAAUCCUUGUGGGAGCAUGGAUCACGUGACCUUAUGGGGUCGGGGUCUGAGGGAGAAACCCACUCAAAGGCAAAGAGGAAUCUGCAUUUUGGGUGCAAGGGUAUGCAAAAGAAGGCAUCUUUCAAGUCAGUGACAGAGAACCACUGAGAGUUCCCUGGUAUCUUAGUUAAGAUUGUAUAUGGGUUUGGGACAAUGGGGUGAACAGAAAUUAUUGCUUCAUUAACAUGCCUGAGAUCUUGAACCAUACACCAGCUACCAUUUUGGCUUUUUCACUGGCAGAAGGGGAGAAUUGCAAGGGGAAGAGCACUCUUCCCAGCGAAGGGAAGGGAGGGAGUUUCCCUGAUAAUAGUCCGCCUGCAUUUGUGGGGUACAGUGCCCAUGUCAGCAUAACUAUGUAAGAUUGUAAAAUGAAUAUUAUAAGAUUUCUAAGACAUGCUGUUUCAUCCUUAAGUCAGUCAGUCAGUCAAUUCAUUUGUAUUUGACUAGCGAUUGUUGGUAAGGAUCAUGUUUCUUUGAAUAGCUUUUCUAAAGGCUUUUGUAAAAAUGAAUGACUACCUGCCCGGGCUACAACCACCAAGCUUCUGUGUGGGGAGAGAGAUGCUCUUUAUCUGUGUGAACCUUAAAAAAUUCUCAGACCCUACUUCAUAAGGUUAGGAUUGUGAACCUUAAAAAUUCCCAGACCCUACUUCAUAAGGUUGGGUUAAGACCAUUCUCCAAUUUAAACAAUGAGGGAACUUAGAUCAGGAAUGUGAGAACUCUACUUAGAUCAGGAAUGUGAGUCCUCUACUCCACCCCUACUUAGGUCUGCUUUGGGGGAAGAAACUCCUUGCUGAACAAUGAAAAGUACUUAAACCCAUACUUAUAGUAAGACAAAAAAUUCUUAAGUUGUGCCUAUUUUUAGAUCUAAUACAAUAGGGUGCUAAGUACCUAUAAAGGUCAGACAACUUGUGAAUUUACAAGGAGCAAAGAGGUGAGAACUUACUCAGAGAUUCUAGUCUACUCAGAUGUGAAUUACUCAAAAGUUCAAGUCUACUGAGGUGUGAAUUAAGAAUGGUCUGUCCUUUAAAAAACAUCUACUGUGAUUGGUAGAUUGGAGAACUUAGGGGAGGUGACACAGGAGAAAAUUCCCUUUAUAAGGAGAGGAAAAACUGAGUCUCAGGACAGUCAGAAGAAUCUCUCUCUGGAGAAGGAUGGCUGGCCUGGUGUCUGAACACUAGAAUCCUUGCUUGGACAGAUCUUGUGGUGAGUGAUUAAAGACUGACUGAUCUCUCUCUUAAGACUCAGGUCUAGGCCAUGUUGGCUAAGAUCCUUCAUACUUAUUCCUCUCUUAUUCUCUGUCUCCCUUUCUUUAAUUCCUCAUUUGUAUGAAUUAAAAUCUCUAUAAAAUCCAGUUGACUUGGGUAUAUUUCAUAAUUGGGAAUAUUUCCCUAGCGACCACCUUAUAUUUGAUUUAAAACAAGACACUGUCUUGAAAACAUAUUUUCCACGGUCACAAUUUACUCAUCCACUCUUAUAUCUACUACAAUUUAUGUCUUCCACUAUUUUAAUCACUACAGUUUAUGGCUUCCACUAUUUUAACUCUUACAUCUGCCCUCUGGAGACACAGUGAUAAGGUUCAAAUGGGAAAAUAAAGAGAAAUUAUUUGCCUUUUUGGGCAAUUUAAAGAAAUGCUGAUAAAAAAACCAUUGUGGAGGUUUUGGAGGGCCGCCAUGAUUGUUUUGAACACCAGCUAACUGAAAACAGCAGACCCUUUGGAAAUGGGGCUGUAAAUAUUGCCAUUGGUAUUUAUAAAUCAAGAACUGACUUGGCUGAAAUUUUUGUUCAAAGACUAAAAACUAUGAGGUGGUUUCAUUUACAAGAUGUGUUCUCCUCUUUAAGGAUAUUAAUACAGCAGAAUUGAAUACCAAUUUGUAGCUUGUAAGGGAAAAAUAUUACUAGUACCCACCUCUCAGGGAAAGGACCACAUUAUUGUUUUAAUAAUGUUUUAAAACUUUAAAUCAUGAAACUUUCCAGAUUAGUAGGGGAGAGUAUCAAUAGCAUUUAUAUUUUAUCAGGAAAUGACUCAUUCCAUGAUACCUGAAGACCAUGAUUCUGAUCCCUCAUGAGGUGACACUCAUAUGGCAAGAACUCCUUCAUCUUGGCUGCCCACCUUGAGAGUAAAUUCAUCUAAACAGUGUCCUUAAAAUGGGCUGUCCAGAAGCAAACACAAUAAUCUAGUUAUUGUCUGCCCAGAAAAGAACCUCCUCAUUCCUGGAAACUCCACCUCUCUUUAUGCAGCAUCAUAUUUUUGGUUGUAGGAGAAUGUGUUUCUCAUAUUCUGUAUUCAUUUUCCUAUCUGAGUAAAAAGGCCCAAGUCAGUUCCUGGAUAGUUUAGAGAAUUACUGUGUUCUUCUGUCUCUGGGGUCUAGGUCAGAGAUUCUAGGCAGUCUGCUGCUUUUUGUAUUUCCAUUAUUCUUAGGAAUCCUGAGGAAUAUGUUUCUUUCACAGAUUCUGGCUAACAGGAACAUUUUUAUAAUGAUUCUUUUCAUUGUCCUAAGACAUUCACCUUCCUAUCUGUGGAGAAGGGAGGACAGUUUGAUGGCCUACCUCUUCAUUAGCUCUUUACCCAUUAGAGAUGUAUUGGCAUGUUCAAGGGAAGGGCAGAAUAAUGAGUUCAAAAAUUCUAUUUAUUGAUCUGCCUGUCCAAGCUCUGGGAUCUCUAAUCAAAAGGGCCAUUGACCUAUGUGUUACUUUAUUGGUUAGGAUGCUAGCCUGCUCAAUAAACUAUAUUCUUCCCCCCAAA